AAUAUUGAUCCAAAAGAAACGUUCAAAGUAAAACAAAGAAAAGAAAGAAAAUCUUAAAUAUUCUGCUAUAGGGCGUCUGUAUGGACAUGGUUAGGACAAGGACUUACUCGUUUCUGUCGAGGGCGUUUUCCAGCUCUUUGGUGAACAGGCUCUUCUCUCCAAUCUGUAACAGCAAGAUGCUUUGAAUUAAAACAUGUUGUGAACCAGGACUUCCUUUAACCAACCACUGAUCAGGAUUCGUCUCAACAGGAGACGAGGAGUGAAGUGGUGUGGAUUACACAGCCCUGAAAACACAAUAACUCAACUGUCUGUAAGUAUUGCUGAGAAAAGAGUGAGGACAAGACAAGAGAAAAGAAAAAGAGACAAGAGCGGAGAAUGAUCUGCAGGUCUGGAUAAAGCUUCUUCAGCAUCUCUGCCACACUGUCAGUCUGGAUACGAGCCAACUGUAACAUCAACACUUCCAAAAUUAAAACAAGAAUCAACACAGCCUCUGCGCAGUAAACUAACUGGGUGCUGUUGGCUGCCGCAGUGUGCACCAAGGCUGGGAAAGCUCUAGUAUCGCGGCAGUUUGUGGAGAUGACACGGACACGUGUGGAGGGCCUGCUUGCUGCCUUCCCUAAGCUUAUGAACACAGGCAAGCAGCACACAUUUGUGGAGACAGAAAGUGUGCGCUAUGUCUACCAGCCUCUGGAGAAGCUCUACAUGGUGCUGGUUACCACCAAGAACAGCAACAUACUGGAGGAUCUUGAAACCCUCCGUCUUUUCUCACGUGUGAUUCCUGAGUACUGUCGUGUGCUGGAGGAAAGCGAGAUUUCAGAGCACUGCUUCGACCUCAUCUUUGCUUUCGAUGAAAUCGUUGCCCUCGGUUACAGAGAGAACGUCAAUCUGGCUCAGAUCAGGACCUUUACUGAAAUGGACUCACACGAGGAGAAGGUUUUCCGUGCCGUCAGAGAGACCCAGGAGCGUGAGGCGAAGGCAGAAAUGAGGCGAAAGGCAAAGGAGCUGCAGCAGGCACGUCGGGAUGCAGAGCGCGGAAAGAAAUCGCCGGGUUUUGGUGGCUUCGGCAACAGCAGCAGCAGUAGCAGCAGCAUGACCAUUAUUACAGACACACUCAGUGAACCAGAGAAACCUAAACCUACCCCAGUGCCCAUCGGGUCAAGCGGGCCCAGCAAAGCCCUUAAACUGGGGGCCAGAGGAAAGGAGGUGGAUGACUUUGUUGACAAACUUAAGUCAGAGGGGGAGAACAUUAUCCUGCCCAGCACUGGCAAAAAACAUUCUGAGGCCUCCAAAUCUUUGCCUGCUCCAGUCAACACUGAAAGUGUGCACUUACGGAUAGAGGAGAAGAUCACACUAACAUGUGGUCGUGAUGGAGGGUUGCAGAACAUGGAGGUGCUGGGCAUAGUCACUCUCCGAGUGUCUGAUGAAAAGAAUGGGCGAAUUCGAUUGCUUAUUAACAACGAUGAUAAGAGGGGUCUUCAGCUGCAGACCCAUCCCAAUGUGGACAAGAAGCUCUUCACAGCCGAGUCACUAAUUGGCCUAAAGAAUCCAGAGAAGUCGUUCCCCCUGAACAAUGACGUGGGGGUGCUAAAGUGGAGACUUCAGACCACAGACGAGUCCCUCAUACCUCUCACAAUAAACUGCUGGCCCUCAGAAAGCGGAUCUGGCUGUGAUGUUAACAUUGAGUAUGAACUGCAGGAGGAAUCGUUGGAGCUCAAUGAUGUUGUUAUCUCAAUCCCCAUACCAUCGGGCGUGGGUGCCCCAGUAAUUGGCGACCUGGACGGAGAGUACCGGCAUGACAGCAGGCGGAAUGUUUUGGAAUGGUGUCUGCCCAUGGUGGAUGUGAAGAACAAGACUGGUAGUCUGGAAUUCAGUGUAACCGGUCAACCCAAUGACUUCUUUCCCGUCAACGUCUCCUUCGUUUCUAAGAGCAACUACUGUGACAUUCAGGUCACUAAAGUCUCUCACGUGGAUGGCAACAGUCCGGCACGGUUCUCAACAGAAACGUCCUUUGUGGUCGACAAGUACGAGAUACUGUAAAAAGGAAACCCGCCAACAUAAACUUGAAAGAAAAAUCAGAUUGGUGGACUGAUGGAAUAUAAACAUCGUACAAGCUAGAGAGAGAAAUAGAGCAUGAAAAGGUUGUUACUAACCUUUUUGUGUUCAGCAGUACUUAAACAGGACUUGAACUUUUUCCCCUCUAAAACAUAAAAAGGCCCUUUCGACCACGGCUGGCAGCGAAGGCUGUAUUUAUAUCUUUUUAAAAACGUGAAUAAUCUUAUGAAGAUUUGAGAUAAAGUAGAACGCUACAGACAAAUAAUUCAUUUUACUCCAGAUGACAGUUGUUUGAUAGCAGGUCAGCACAGAGGGGCAAUUUUACCAUUCUAGAGGAGAGGGGUUGAAUAGUUUAUACCAACCUACUAUUACUUUAAUCACUUGUAUAGACAAUGGAGUUUGAAGAAGGUUUAACUUGGCAUUAAAGGGAAUGUUAGCCAGAUUUGUUUAGUUUUUGCAUUUUUUUUUGAAGGUUCAUCUUUCACCUUUGUCUGGGAUUCUUCAUAAAGGCCAUUUAAAUCUGUUCACUGUUCUGCACUCAUGGACUUCUGUCAUUUCUGUUAACAGCCAUUGACUGAAAUUGUCACUAUUGAUAUAUCUGCUUCUUUCUUGCAUCGGCAGGACCAUGUGUUAUCAAACGGACCUCAUUAUACGUGUCUGGGUUUGAGAUUUUUUCCACAUAUAUUUUGUCUGUGUAUUUGUAUCUUGUCUGGUAUGACGUGGCCUGCUGCAAGUCCAAGCUUGUAUCUUUGUCUGCUCUUUUCUCUCUGCUUGGUCUGCAUUGUCUUCACUGUUUUCAUGCAUUUAUUUUAGCCUGUGGCAUGUCAUGGCAUUCCUAUCGGUUCUUGAAGUCACUGUACAGGGUUUAAAUGGUUUCAAAUGUCAGUCGAAAUGUGUUUUGAGCUUCAUUCAGCUUGGCAAUUGUGCUUUUAGCUUGUGACAUGAACAAACACAGAUUUUUGUGUUUGUGUAGAAAGUGCAAUACAAAAGUCCUGGUCUUUUGAAGUCAUCUGGGGUCAUGUUUACUGGUAAUAAAAACUGCAGGGGACAUUAAUGCCUGUAGUUCUGUUCAUGGUUUGUGAAUUAAUGUUAGCUCUAAAGUGUUCUUGAGAAAUACCAAGAAGGAAACAGAGGCAGCAGCUCUAAUAUGGCAAAGCUUGAGCAAAGUCUCUUAAGCCUCUUUAUUAUUGUAAGAAAAUUUCAGUUCUUUUUGACCCAGAAAAGUAAACGUUUGAUCUUUUGAUUGCAGACCGUUUAUGAGUGCAUUUUGUCCUUUUGUUAUUUAACUGCAAUUAGAAACGGCUUAAUUUGCUCAUUAAAUAAAUACUUGGUGAAAAUUCGAUGUACUUAGUUUCCCUUUCAAGCCUGGUUUGUGCUUCACAAGAAGGCCAUCUGAGACAAUAUUUAAAUAUUGUGGGGUCUGGUUUGAUUUGUAGAGUUUAAUUUGCUGUCCAAUAAAUACGGCUUUAGUAGGAGGGUGGGGUUAUAGAUCUUGGUGCACUUACAUCUUGUUUAUGCAGGUGUGUGAGUUAAAAUCACACCAUUUUAGCGCUGUUGGAUGAUGAGAAAUCUAUACUUACAAACUAUCAGAAACAUCACAGAAAAUUAAAAAAUAUAUAUAUAAAUAAACAAGAUGUGCCUCUUGCGAGAAAUACACUACCUGGUAGAUUAAACUAUACAUGUGAUAAAAUGAUGUCCCAGAUGAUGCAGUAGUUUAUGUAAAUCUUUUUAAGCUAAUUAGAAAAAGAACUAUAAUAUCAAAGAAUGUAGUAUCUCUAUCAGCAUCUCCUCAAACCACAGGCUGUGUCCUAAACUGCAUACUAAAACAUAGUACACAUCAUUGAUAAUGUACUAAUUUGGCAUACUAUUUAGUUCCAUAUUUUGCAUGAUUUAUACAUUUAUAUCAAACCCAGUCAAAUAUUUACUGGCCAACCACUGAGGCACUGCUCAUCUCUAGCACCCACUAAGCGAUCCAAACCUGUUUCAGAAGGCUGUUUGAAAGGAAGCAUAAACCAGGAAUUAUACCGUAUGUAGACGGCCAAGACAUGUUUGUGAUUCCAUGUUUGCUUCUGGAGUUUUGUGCUAAAUCUACAGGGCUGACAAAUAUUGGACAUUUUAUCCAAAACAUAUUUUUGUGUGAGCCAGGGUGGUGCAGCAGUCUACAAUGGUAGAGACCGUAGUUUCUAGCCUGGCCUUCUAGAAAUUUGUUGGCCUUUGUAUUGUAAAACUAAAGAAGCCUGCAUGAGACACUGAAUGAACUAACCUUGCUAAAUGACAGUAUGGAAUUCAUGCAAAAUUUUAAACUUUGAUUCUUCAUUGAACCUAUGAGCAGGGAGCCUUAUCACUAAUCAUGCCAUACACUUGUACAGUACAAACACUGAGAUUUUCCAGUCUCUCGCUCUCUCUUUCUCUCCCUCUCCAGUAAUGCCUGGAGUCUCACCAUAGCUUGAAAAGGGAAAAAGAAGUACGCUCAAGUUUUGCUUUUCUUUGUCUUGUCUGUUUUGUUGGAAUCGUAGUGCAGGUGGGAAGUGGAAAGAUCAAUCUGAUUUUUUAUAACUGUAAAAUAAUGAAUAGGGUAAUGAUGAGUAACAUUCCAGUGUAUACGUAUUAAAGAAAUGAUUAAAGUGUUUAAAAAGACCUAGAUCAAAAGCCUUUUACUUUGAUGCUUCUUAACUUUGAUGAUUAUUACUUUCAUUCUGUUUGUGUUCUUUUAGUUUAGGUAGAAUGUGGUUGUCUGUCUUUAUUAUCUGGAAUACAGUGAGACCACAUUUUACGGGUAAUUAGUGUGGAAACUUCAAUAAAGGGGUUAUGCUGGUGUAGCAGGUACGCACUAGUGGUUUGAGAAUGUG